UUACAAUGACAUACAAAUAACAUUACAAGUUUUAGAAGUUAAAAGGUUUGGAAGAAAGAUUAAAAAUGGGGGAAACAUCAGCAGAAUCAGACGCAUCUUUCAGGGCAGAAGAAAGCAAGAGUAUAAACCUGAGAGUGAAGUGGAUUGAUGAUGAUGAAAACAAGGAGAAAGAUGGAAAAUUUGGGGAAAUUCACUUCAAAAUUGAGAAUGAUAUUGCACUUACAUGGUUGAUGAUUCGUUAUUGUGAUAAAAUUGGUGCAAAUUUCGGAACUACUCGUUUUGAAUUCAAUGGUGCUAAAUUGCGAGGAACUGAUACUCCUCUUCAACUUUCAAUGAGUUCUUCUGAUCUCAUUUAUGCUCAUCAUUUUCUAUGUGGUCAUGGACGCUGUGCUGAACACUAUGUAACUCUGUGCAUCCGUGUGCCCAAGGAGAGAGACACAUUUAUAAGAGUAAGACGUGCUGCACCAUUACUGCCUCAGCUUAUGCGUGGCUUCUCUGAUGAUGUUGGUUCCUUGAGUUUUGUUUAUGAUUGGUGUCGGUUGACUGAGGAAGAUACAGCUGAUAAUCAUGAAUUGGAGGAUGGUGAAAUUAUUGAUGCCUUUGAUUUUGACGAGAGCAGUUCCUCCUUAAGCAUAGUUGAACCAUCAUGUAUUUCUCUUAGAGUGGUGAAUCCGAAUUACAGGGACUAUGCCUUCAAAAUGAGACAAACUUGUAUAUUGUCUAAGCUGUUCAAUAAAUAUCGUAAGCUUAUAUCAGUGCAAAAUGAAGCUGCUUUCAUGUUUAAGGAGCGCAGACUCAUGGGUUCAAAGACAGUAGAGGAAGAACGACUUAAGGAUGGUGAUGAAAUUGAAGCCAUAAUAGAGUGAUUCCUUUAGUUGAUUUUGCUCUUGUGUCACAUACUUGCAUCUCAUAAAUCAAGUAUUGUUUGCUAAAUUAGAAUUGUGAUCUGUUGCACUUUGACUAUGCUAUUGAUGUCGAUGAAUUGAAUUAGA